AUGGUCGGUGACGGAGAUGACGGUGCGACGCCCAAGUCGAGGAAGCGCACGCUCAGUUCGGACACGCUGCCCGACGCCAUCGUCGCCACCGAGGCCGAUUUGAAGGCGGUCGUCAGCCAGCUGCCGGAAGCUGAUGUGAAGACUGCGCGCGGCGUCGAGGGCUCUUCCGCUGAGACUGUGGAGCCAGCGAACGCCGUCACCGCCAGCAUC